AUGGUGUCCAACACACUUUCCCAUGAGCUUACCAUUAGAUCUGAAGUCUUAGUUAGGACUGAAACAGUUUUGUUUGCUGUUACCAACGUUGUAGCUGUCCUUGGAAAUCUUCUCACUUUUUACGCCGUUUACCGAAAGCGUGGGCUGCGAACAAUUCCCAACAUGUUCGUAAUAGCACUGGCUGUCAGCGAUAUUCUGAUGUGUACCUGGUGUAUGCCUUUUACAGUGGCAAGUCUUUUCCACGGCAGCUGGAUCUUUGGUGAAACGGUCUGUCGCUUUCAAGCAUUUGAUACAUUUGCAUUUGGGAUGAGCAGUCUUGGAACUAUGGCAGCAAUUGCAGUCAGCCGGUAUUUCCGUGUUGUCAAUCAGGAAAAGUAUCCCUCGCUGUUUAAGAAGCGAUGUACAAGAAGCUUGAUAUACAUUUUCAUGGUUUGGUGCUUGGCUCUGGCUGCAUCUGUGCCCAUGUUACUCUUCAAAAACGGCAGCAUUGAAUUACAGCCUGGAAAAGCAAUGUGUCUGAACAAAUUUGAAAACAGUUCAGGUGUCACAGUUUGGUUCCUGGCUCUCACUGGAUCUGUUCCACCUAUUUUCUUCGAAGGAGGUACAUUUGAUUUCCAACCUGGAAAAGCAAUGUGUUUGUACACAUUUGAAAGUAACAUUGCUUACACUGUCUUUAUUGAGUGUUUUUAUAUCGCAACGCCCUUGAUGAUCGUCACAGUUUGCUAUGUCAAAGUUUUCCGAACAGUUUCGCGAUCAAAUCGCGUUUUCUCCCGAGAAAAUAACCUCAGUCAACUCCGGGCGAACGUGGAAGAGGCAAAAGUGACAAAGACAUUGGUAGCAGUUCUGGUUGGGUUUGCGUCUUGUUGGCUCCCAAUUUCUGUCAUGGAUAACAUUGACGCCGCCCGGGGUGAAUAUACUUUGCCAAGACAAGCAUAUCUGACAUACACAUGCUUGGCAUAUGUCAGUAGCACCAUAAACCCCUUCAUAUAUGGUUGCAUGAACAAGCAGUUUAGGCGGGGAUACAAAGUAGUGUUUAAGAAAAUUCUUUGUGUUCGUCGCUGGAGCAGCGACAGCAGCUCUGAAAGUGGAGGAAGAAGUUUUUUGACGCGAGCCUGGUCCAUUUGAAAGCUUUCAGAGACUUCCGAAAGAAAUACUUAGAAGGACGAUCCGAAAAUAAAAUUGCCACAAUUCCAUUUUAAAGGGGUCAGAAAUUUUUCUGUAAUUCAUUACACUGUCUUCAAUCAUGAGCUGUGAAAUAAACAAAAUUUCUUUACAUAUGGUGC